AUGGUGGGGGAGAGGAGGGGCACGCGAACGCCGGAUCUCGAACGCCGUGGAGAGCCAAGGAUGACAGAGAUUCCCGGGGCGAGCACUGGCCGCGGGCAUGUCUGGAUAGUCGCUGCUGGACUCAACGCCCACCGCCAACUACUCGACAGCCAACCAGACGACUUGACAUCCUUCCAGAAGAUACACGAAGGGAAUGACUCCGAUGUCAACGUCUGGUUCGCGAGCUGGAGCAACACGAUCUUCGCAACAGAUGCUGGUCUGAGAGGUAUCGGGCAUCAGAAAGUCCUCGAUAACAGCAAAGUCUUACUUGUCAGUCCUGUUGGAGAUCACGAUGGCGUUCUGCUCGCGUUGGACAGCGAUGGCCAAUUGUAUCGCGCAGAAGAACAGACGGAGCAGGGCAUCGUCGCGAUGGUCUGCCGAAGCACCGACUCAUCGCCGUCGAUUGGUCGCCUAGCCUAUGCUGAGAAUGGUCGUGUAGCCAUCACCAUCAAGCAAGCACCCAAUGGCAACCUGUGCCACGUCGAAGAGUUCAAGGAUCUCGAAACUUUCUUGAGGUGGUUCCAAGAUCCGAGCGGAGAUGGCAACUAUCCCGAAAGACAUUUCAUGCUUCCGGGACGCCCCAAGCAACUGAAAGCGGGGACUGGCAUCUUCGUACUACUGAUGGAAAGCGGCCAAGUAUACACCUGGGGAGAUUCAAGAUACCGGUCUUUGGGAAGGUCCGUCACUGGGGAUGGCAGCAAGUCGGCUGAUGAGCCAGCGGUUUUGGAGGCACUCGAUGGACUUCACAUCAAGAAGGUGGAUUGCUGUGGCUGGAUGUCUGCGGCAUUGUCGGAUGACGGCGCAUUGUAUCUUUGGGGUAUCACAUCUCCCAGCGACGAUGUAAAGAUAGGUGCCCUGGCCGCCGGCGAGGACGAGGAGGUUGCAUUGGUGGAGCUUCCGGGUGAUGGCUCAGAACCUCUGGACGUUGUCGAUGUCGCGCUCGGCGUCGAGCACAUCGCAGUGCUUGCAGAGAGUGGCCGUCUCUUCGUCACCGGAGACAAAUCCUGCGGCCAACUAGGACUCGGUGACAAGCAGAAAUCCGCAGAAUGCUGGCAGGAAGUGACUUUGCCGAGCAUAGAGAUCGAAGCCGUCUUUUGCGGUCCUCGCUCAACUUUGGCGCUUGUCCGUUCGAGCCCAGCAUGA